UCAUCGUCCAUCAUCAUCGCGUCCAUCUCAUCAUCAUCGCAUCCAUCAUCAUCACCAUCCUCAUCAUCAGCGUCCUCAUCAUCGGCGUCAUCAUCGGCAUCUCAUCAUCGUCAUCAUCAGCAUCAUCAUCGCGCGUCAUCUCAUCGCGUCAUCAUCGCGUCAUCAUCUCAUCAUCGCAUCAUCGCGUCAUCAUCGCGUCCUCAUCAUCGCGCAUCAUCAUCGCAAGAAUCAUCGUCGAAGAUCGUCGAAAGAAAGAUCAUCGUCGACGAAAUCGUCGAAGGAUCAUCGUCAAAGGAAGGAUCGUCGGAAGGAAGUCGUCGAAGGAAGGAAGGAUCCUCAUCAUCGUCAUCAUCAACGUCCUCAUCAUCGGCGUCAUCAUCGCGUCAUCAUCCGUCAUCGGCAAUCUCAUCAUCAACGUCAUCAUCAGCGUCAUCAUCGUCAUCAUCGCGUCAUCAUCAGCGUCAUCGCGCGUCCUCAUCAUCGGCGUCAUCAUCGGCGUCAUCAUCAUCCUCAUCAUCAGCAUCAUCGAUCAGGAUCGUCGAAGAUCUCAUCGAAGAUCGUCGUCGAAUCAAGUCAUCAUCAAGGAUCGUCGUCGAUCAUCGGAAUCAUCGUCGAAGAUCGUCGAAGUCGUCGUCGAAAAUCAUCAGCAUCUCAUCAUCGUCAUCAUCAUCGAUCAUCAUCGGCGUCAUCGUCAUCAACGUCAUCAUCAGCGUCAUCAGCGUCAUCAUCGAAAAAUCCUCAUCGUCGGCGCAUCCUCGUCGUCGGCAUCAUCGUCGUCAAAUCAUCAGAUCCUCAUCAUCAGUCGAAAGAUCAUCAUCGAAGAUCAUCAUCGGCGUCAUCAUCGGCGUCAUCAUCGGCAAAAUCUCAUCAUCGGCGUCAUCAUCGGCACGUCGUCAUCAUCAGCAUCCUCAUCAUCAGCGCGUCCUCAUCAUCAAUCUCAUCAUCGGCGUCAUCAUCACGUCAUCAUCAUCGCAUCCUCAUCAUCGCGCGUCCUCAUCAUCGCGCGUCCUCAUCAUCAACGUCCUCAUCAUCGCGCGUCAUAUCACGUCUCAUCAUCGCGUCAUCAUCGCAUCCUAUCGCGCGUCAUCAUCGCGUCAUCAUCGCGCAUCCUCAUCAUCGGCAAUCAUCAUCAAAAUCCUCAUCAUCGGCAUCAUCAUCGCGUCAUCAUCAGCAUCUCAUCAUCGCGCAGUCAUCAUCAUCAUGUGCGUCAUCAUCAGCAUCAUCAUCGCGUCAUCAUCGCGCAUCAUCAUCGCGCAUCCUCAUCAUCAACAUCCUCAUCAUCGGCAUCAUCAUCGCGUCAUCAUAUCAUCAGCACGUCAUCAUCAGCGUCAUCAUCAGCAUCAUCGUCAUCAUCAGCGUCAUCGGCGUCAUCAUCGCGUCAUCAUCAUCAGCAUCAUCAUCAUCAGCGUCUCAUCAUCGGCGUCAUCUCGUCGCAUCAUCAUCAUCAGCACGUCAUCAUCGGCGUCUCAUCAUCAGCGUCCUCAUCAUCGAAUCCUCAUCAUCGGCGUCAUCAUCAGCGUCAUCAUCGCGUCAUCAUCGAAAAUCCUCAUCAUCAUCAUCGAAAUCAUCAGCAUCGUCGAUCGUCGAAUCAUCGUCAUCAUCGUCGCGUCUCAUCGUCGAAUCGUCAUCAUCGUCGAAAUCGUCAGAUCACAUCAGCGUCCUCAUCAUCGCGUCAUCAUCGCGUCAUCAUCAGCAUCCUCAUCAUCAGCAUCAUCAUCGUCAUCAUCGCGUCAUCAUCAGCAUCCUCAUCAUCGCGCGUCCUCAUCAUCAGCGUCAUCAUCAGCGUCCUCAUCAUCGCGUCAUCAUCGCGUCAUCAUCAACGUCCUCAUCAUCGGCGUCAUCAUCGGCGUCAUCAUCAUCGCUCACUUCUGCGCGCGUCAUCAUCGAUCGCGUCCUCAUCACGCACGUCAUUCGUCCUCCAUCCAUCAUCAUCACGCAUCAUCAUCGCUCCGUCGCGUCAUCGCGUUCAUCGCCGUCAUCAUCCGUCGCUCAUCGCGCUCAUCAUCGCGCAUCAUCAUCUUUUUCCGUCACGUCAUCGCUCACGCGUCAUCAUCGCGUCAUCAUUCAGUCGUCAUCAUCGCGUCUCAUCAUCCGUCAUCAUCUUUCAUCAUCAUCAUUCAUCGCUCUUAUCGCGUCAUCAUCACGCGUCAUCAUCGCUGA